AUGGCAAGUCAAUUUAACGCCCAAGCGCUGCCCGCGACCUCUUCCUACCAUUUCCUGGCCUCAACCGACCUUGCCGCCACCUACGCCGCCCUGAUCCUCGCCGACGAUGGCGUCGAAAUAACCUCUGACAAAAUUGUCACUCUCACAUCCGCCGCCAACGUCGAACUCGAGCCGAUUUGGGCCACACUGCUCGCGAAAGCACUCGAGGGCAAAAACGUAAAAGAUCUGCUGUCAAAUGUUGGCUCUGGUGGCGGAGCGCCGGCUGCUGGUGGCGCUCCCGCUGCCGCUGCUGGUGGUGCUGCUGCUGCUGAGGCGCCGAAAGAGGAGGCUAAAGAAGAAGAAAAGGAGGAAUCAGACGACGAUAUGGGCUUCGGUCUCUUCGACUAA